UCCGAUCAGUAGCCGGGAGCCGCGCACCCAGGAGCGCACAGAUCUUCGUACAUAGCCGCACUCCGCCGCCUGUACAAGUGUAGAAGCAGCCGCCGCGGACGAAUCCCAGAGCCAGGAGAGGGUGACGUGCUUGUUUUGCGGAUGAACACCUUGGCCGCCUUGUGGCUGAUAUAGAGCUGCAGUCAGAUCGCUGCUCAUCACUUUGCUUAGGAACUGGUUGCUGCGGGCUGUGUGUGGAGCUCUGUAGAGGCAGACAGUGUGCUGUGUGCUGUGUGUGUGCACAGUGCUCCCUCCUCUACACUCUCAUACAGAGGGCGAUACAUUGUAACUAGCAGGAAAACACAGCAAGAGAAAAAGAAAUAACCAACUCCAGGAACUGUCCAGCAGCUUCACCUCCUGAACAUGAAACUCCCUUAUUUCUACCUGCUUGGAUUACUUGUCACCAGCGGGCAAGCUAUAUUGCAAGUCUCAAUUUCUCUCAGCAAAGUUGAAAUCAGUGUUGGGCAGUCCAAGUAUUUUACAUGUACAGUCUUAGGAGAACCUGAAACGAUAGACUGGUAUAGCCCACAAGGUGAAAAAAUAACUUCUAAUCAGAGAGUUGUGGUGCAAAGGGAAGGCAUCCGAUCAUGGUUGACAAUUUAUAAUGCUAAUAUAGAUGAUGCUGGAAUUUACCGGUGUCAAGCUAUCGAUUCAAAGGGUCAUACUCAGGAGUCUACAGUUGUUCUAGAAAUCUAUCAGAAACUGACAUUUGAAGAUGUCAGGUCACCUCAAGAAUUCAGAAAAGGUGAAGAUGCAGAGGUUGUGUGCCACGUCAACAGCUCCCCGGCUCCCAUGGUCAGGUGGUUGAAUAACGGGGAAGAAGUAACAGACAUUGAUGACAGUCGGUUUGCUAUGUUAGCAAACAAUAAUCUUCAGAUUAUGAACAUAAGCAAAAAAGAUGAAGGUAUUUAUAGAUGUGAAGGUCGAGUUGAAGUUCGAGGAGAAAUUGAUUUCCGAGAUAUCUUUGUCAUAGUUAAUGUGCCUCCAGCUAUCUUAAUCCAGCAACGAUCCUUUAAUGCAACUGCAGAUCGGCAAGAGGAAAUUUCUUUAUUUUGUCGUGCUACUGGCUCACCUAAACCUUAUAUUACCUGGCACAGAAACGGGAGAAUGAUUGAAGAAAAUGAAAAGUAUUUAUUAAGAGACGAUAACACAGAAUUAACCAUUAAGAACAUUAUCAACAGUGAUGCAGGAUCCUAUACCUGCAGAGCAACAAACAAAGCUGGAGUCACAGAAAAACAGUCCUUUCUACAGGUGUUUGUGCAGCCUCAUAUUAUACAACUGCAGAAUGAGACGACAGUUGAAAAUGGUCAUGUGACCUUGACAUGUGAAGCAGAAGGAGAGCCUGUCCCUGAGAUUACAUGGAAGAGAGCAAGUGAUGGAAGGACUUUCUAUGAUGGAGAUAAGGGCCAAGAUGAACGAAUAGAAAGUAUAGGACACCAUGGAAAAUCCUCCUUGCGCAUUAAAAAUGUGAUUUUAUCAGAUACAGGAAGAUAUGACUGUGAGGCAGCAAGUAGAAUUGGUGGUCAUCAGAAAAGCAUGUAUCUGAACGUUGAAUAUGCACCUAGAUUUAUUUUAGAGCAAACCAUCUACUACUCCUGGGAAAACAAUCCAAUUAAUAUCAGUUGUGAUGUGAUUUCUAACCCGUUGUCAUCAAUUUUCUGGAGUAGAGACAAAAUCUUGUUACCAGCAAGGAAUAUAACAAAUAUAAAGACAUACAGGGAUGGGAAGAAAAUACUACUAGAGAUAACUCCAAUAUCAGAUAAUGAUUUUGGACGAUAUAACUGUACAGCCAUCAAUUCAAUAGGAUCAAGGAUCCAGGAAUAUAUACUAACUCUGGCCGAUGUACCUUCCAGUCCACAUGGUAUGCGAGUUGAAGAGCUGUCACAGACAUUGGCCAAAGUAUUUUUCCAGAUGCCAGACUCACACGGCGGUGUGCCAAUUCACCAUUAUCAAAUUGAUUUUAAAGAAGUGUCCUCAGAUAUUUGGAAAGUUGUCCAUUCAAGUGGAAAUCGAACUAAUGUUGAAUUGGCCGGUUUGGAAGCUAACACAACAUAUGAAGUCAGGGUUGCAGCUGUUAAUGGAAAAGGACAAGGAGAAUAUAGUAAAACUGAAAUUUUUCAGACCCUUCCAGUUCGUGAACCUAGUGCUCCAGUAAUCCGUGGACAGACAGGCUCAGGCAAGAGUUUUAAGCUGAUUAUAACAAGCCAAGAUGAUGGAGGAGCACCAAUUUUAAAUUAUGUAGUUAAAUACAGAAGUAAAGACAAAGAAGAUCAAUGGCUUGAGAAGAAGUUUCUUGGAAAUAAAGAUCACAUAGUUCUAGAGCACCUACAGUGGAAUAUGGAAUAUGAAGUUCAGAUUAUAGCAACAAAUAGGCUUGGUCAAUCUAAUCCAACUAUGUAUGAGUUUAUAAUGCCACCAAAACCCAACAUUAUUGCUGAUACUCUUUUCAAUGGCCUUGGAAUUGGAGCAGUCAUCGGUUUGGCAGUAGCAGCUCUCCUGCUAAUUCUUGUUGUGACGGAUGUCAGUUGCUUCUUCAUGAGACAGUGUGGAUUGCUUAUGUGUAUAACCAGACGGAUUUGUGGAAAAAAAACUGGCUCCAGUGGAAAAAGUAAAGAAUUAGAAGAAGGAAAAGCUGCAUACUUGAAAGCUGGAUCAAAACAGCCAAUAGUAGAGAUGAGAAGUGAGGAUGAAAUAAUUGCUAAUCAUGAUGGGAGCCCAGUAAAUGAACCAAAUGAAACAACACCUCUAACAGAACCUGAGAAAUUACUACUAAAGGAAGAAAAUGGGAAAGAAGCUUUGAGUGCCGAAACAAUUGAAAUCAAAAUAUCAAAUGACAUCAUCCAAACAAAAGAAAGUGACAGUAAAGCAUAGCAUGAUACAACUUAUUAUCAUACAAUAUGGGAGAUUGGUGACACAAACCCAAAUGUCAGUGCUCUGCUGCAGACAAUUAUUGGCUAAUCUUAGCUUUCGAUUGUCAGUAAAAGUGUCCAUACCUGAAACAACUCACAUCUACUGUACUUAAAGAUUUUGUUUAUUAAUUUAGUUUGUUUGUCUGACUGAUAACAGUAUAAAUGUAUAAAGUUAAAGAUGAUUGCAAAAAUUCCUUUAAUUUAUUAUAAAAUAAAGUGUUCUAUUUAUAAAAUA